GUGUAUAUAUAUAUGAUUGGGUAUUUAGAGGAACGUUAGCACUUCAAAGGCCAGACAGAUUUGCGGGUUUAUGUUUGUGUCUACGCAAAUCCAAAUCAUACUCGGCGGAAGCUCUCCAGUGUUGUCGUCUUUGUGUGCCCUCCGAAACCCCUUCUCUCAUUCGGUUCAUUUUCUUCGCGUAUUUUGGUUUUUGGGUUUUCCCCCAAACCCCCGCUUUUGACCCAUUUCGCGCAGGGACGGAAAAGAAAGCGUCGUGUUGCUUUCGCGUUCCGAUUUACUUCUGUUCUUUUUUUUUUCUUUCCAAUUGAAACCUGUUUGCUAAUGCUGCUUUAUGUUUGUCGGGUUUUAAUAUUUGUUUGUACGGAAUAUUGAACUUAAAAACGGAUUGAUUGAUUCGCUGAUUUUCUCUACUGAAAUCGAUUGAACGAUAGAUUAAAUGGGUGAUCCUGUGGGCGGCGGUGAAGCGGCGGAGAUGACACCCGCGUCCACCUCUUCCGCGGAGCCCUACCCAUUGGGGUUUGGCGGAGAGAAUUGGGUAGGGGCAGAAAGAGCCGCCUGUGAGAUAAUCCGGAAGGUCCAACCCACUUCUGUUUCUGAAGGGAGAAGAAUAGAGGUUGUUGAUUAUAUCCAGAGAUUAAUCAGGAAUGGCCUGAGUGUGGAGGUAUUCCCAUUUGGCUCUGUGCCAUUGAAAACUUACCUUCCAGAUGGAGACAUUGAUUUGACUGCUUUUGGUGGUGCGAAUGUUGAAGAUGCUCUGGCUGAUGAUAUCAAAUAUUUAUUGGAACAAGAAGAAAAAAAUAUGGCCUCAGACUUUGUAGUAAAGGAUGUCCAGCUCAUUCGUGCAGAGGUAAAGCUUGUGAAAUGUAUUGUUCAAGAUAUUGUUGUAGAUUUGUCCUUCAAUCAAAUCGGUGGUCUUUGCACUUUAUGCUUUCUUGAGCAGGUUGACCAUCUCAUUGGCAAAGAUCACCUCUUUAAACGCAGCAUCAUCCUUAUCAAAGCGUGGUGCUACUAUGAGAGUCGCAUCCUUGGUGCUCAUCAUGGAUUAAUUUCUACAUAUGCUUUGGAGACCCUGGUGUUGUACAUUUUCCAAUUUUUUCGCUCAACAUUGGAUGGACCUUUAGCUGUCUUGCAUAAAUUUUUGGUUUACUUCAGCAAAUUUGAUUGGGAGACUCACUGUGUUAGCUUAAAUGGCCCUAUUCGCCUUUCUUCACUGCCUGAAAUUGUUGUUGAUUUGCCAGAAGAUAGUGACAGAGGUUUGCUUUUGAGCAGUGAUUUCCUGAGUUCUUGUGCUAGCAGUUUUUUAGUUCCUUCUAGAGGUAGUGACAGAAAUCCGCGUGGGUUUCAGCUCAAGCACCUUAACAUUGUUGAUCCACUUAAAGAGACCAAUAAUCUUGGGCGUAGUGUGAGCAAAGGUAGUUUUUAUCGCAUACGCAGCGCCGUCUCUUAUGGGGCUACAAAACUCGCACAGAUACUUUUGCAGCCUGAAGAUUCUAUUGCCGUUGAACUUAAUAAAUUUUUCUCUAAUACUAUGGCAAGGCAUGGAGGUGGACAGUGGCAUGAUGUUCAGGGUUUGGACCCAACACUUAUUUCUAAGAAGUCUACUUCUGGAAUGCGGAUUUCUGACCACUCAUAUGAGUUUGAUGAAGAGGCUGUCUCUAGUGGAGCUCUGCAGUCUAGGUCAGUUAAAUUGUCCCAAGAUUCACUCAAAUGGGUAGAGGGAUCAUCUACAGAUAUUGCUGCAAAUCGAGAGCCUUCUAAACACAAUUCUCUGGGUCCUGCUUUUCAUGGAAGCUUGAGUGACCUUGCCACUGUUGGUUUUGGAGGUCUAAAGAUUUCUUCUGAUUCAUCCAAUUUUGGAACUCCUCAUCUAACAGAGAGUCCUCGUGCAAUUGCUAGUUCCAAGACCAUAGCUUGUAAUGGAAGUACACAGGUUGUUGACCCAAAUUCAGCUAGGCUGGAGAAUUAUGAAAAGAAUACACUUCCCCGGGUCUUGUCAGGAGUUUAUGGGGAAAGAAUUGCUGGUACUGGGCGCCCAGACAAGAAUCAAUUGGUAGACAGUGCCGAAGCUGUGGCUUCGAGUAAUUUCAAGGCUGUUUCUUGGGCUCUAAACACUUCUUCUUUAUCAGUGGAUCCUACUCAUAUAGAUGUGGAACAGGCCUCACCUGACAGGAGUGAGACAUCUGACCUUUUAAGCACAUCCGAUCUCACAGGGAAUUAUGAUAGAUUCUUGCAAUGGCUACACUUUGGUAGAUGGUGCUAUGAAUAUGGCUUAAGUAUGCAGACUUUGACAAUGCCACCUCCCUUGCCAAGCACACAAUGGGACGGCCUCUUGCCUCCAUCACAUUUUGAGCAGAAUGGGUUUUCCCAUGGCCCCUAUAAUGGCUUGCAUCCAAGUCCACCAAUGUAUGUCUUGCAGCCCGUGCUAAUACCAGGUGCUGCGUUCAGGUUUGAAGAAGUGGCUAAACCCAGAGGAACAGGAACAUAUUUUCCGCAUAUGGCUCAACCCCCACGGGGUUAUAGGUCUUCAUCCAUGAAAGGAAGGAAUCAGGGAUCAUUAAGAUCACCGCGUGACUAUGGAAGAAACAUGAUUUUUGCGCCGCAUCUGAUAGACAGAAGCAGAAGCAACUAUGAAACAGCGCAACCUCAAGUCCCCGUUGACAGAAGUGUGAUGGGCUGUAGUGAUAACCAUCCGGCAGCGCUCUCUCCUCGAGGUAAUGGGUUUCCAGAACCAGUUGGGUCAUCUGCCCAAUCUGAAGGAGUGGUUGAAUUGGGGUUGAUUGGACAGUCAUCUAGAUCAUCCAUGUUAGGAAAGAGCAGGCGGCAAAGAUCUGCAUCUGCAUCCUCAUUAUCUCCUAGAAGUUUGUCUGAUAGAGCAGGAUAGGUAGAAGGAUCUUGGAGCAUGCCAACAUACAUACACAUAAAUACUAGAAAUGUGGCUGGCUGUUGCUGCGGAUGAAGAUGAUAUCCCUCCUCCAUUGCCUGCCCCUCAGAAAGACAGAGAAGAUUUAAAAAAAAAAAAAAAAAAAAAACGAAGGUAUUUUCUUUGUAGAGAGCAAGCCUGUUGUUUACACAUUUGCAUGCACUCAGAGCUUGUUUAUACAAUUUUACAAAUAUUUUUUUUAGGAAGAAACGGGAUGGAUUGUGUGUUUGUAUGUGGCAACUUUUUUCUCCCCCUGGUGGGUGUAGUAGAUUCAUUGUGAACCUUAUAUGUAUAGAGAGAAGCAUUCUAGCCUCCAGGCUCCAACCAUCGUAUGGAUCCCAUAUUGUAUGCUGGAGUUAAAUGGAAUGAUGUCCAGUGUAGUGAGGGAGAGAUGGGGAAUUUUGGUGAUUCAUCAAAUACUAGUGAUAAGCUUAUGUUGUUAAUUGGUUAGUUAGUUCACAUAUGAAUGAUAUGAUAUGGAUUUUGGGGUUGGUUAUCUUA